AUAAAAAGGAGGUAUACAUGCAAUCACACAGUGUUAGUAUGAUACUGUAGAAUAGUGGUUUAAAAUAACUGAGAGCAACACAUUCUUAAGACGAACUUCCAAAAAUAAACCGACAACAAAAAUUGGAUAUACGGAUGUAGAAACAGUUCCGUGAUCACCGUGCGAGAUUCGAGUCCAAGACGCUAUAAAAAGCCUCUGGCCAACAUCACCGCGGCGCAGACAGCGACGACAGCAGGCGAAUUGACGAGGUUGACGACGACUAGUGUUGAUGACAAGGUUGUUCGGUCUGCACUCGACGAUAAUUUAAACCUGUAAGAAACUGCACUGUGUUUUCAUCGACAAGACAACAGGCACAUCACCUGGCAGCAGCAAUGGCGCUGAGACUGCUUCUUCUCAUUUUCAUCUAUGGUUUCUCGGUGACCAGCUUGAAAGGAAUGUUCGUAAAUCCCUCUCGUGCAGAAGACACAGGCAAAAUAUUUCACAAGUGCAAGGGAAGUAACCUGAUACUGAAUGAACCAAACCCUCAAGUUACUGUUCUUGACGCGUUUGUGUUUCACGGAGAAGAAACUCUGGCGAGCGUCUCGGUACCUGCCACGGGAAUGUUUGAGGGUCGUCUAGUCGUGGGGCAUGACGGGAGAGUGACUUUGAGCAACCUCACGUCAGAUGAUCUUGGAAGAUACCAAGUGGAAAUCCACCUUGCUGAGAAAAGACUCAUAAAUACAAUCCGACUUGUCAUUAAAGAACCCCCUGAAACAACCGACGCGAAGUUAAUCGUAAUGAAAAAUGAAUUGCCAGAGAGCAGUUUUUUUCGCCUGACCUGUGGUAACGUUACAACACUUGGAUUUCCACCUGUUUCUGCAGUAUGGACGGAUCCAGCAGGUCACAGGCUAAGCAGCGAUGGGUUUGAACAUGAGUAUUUUUACCUAGAUGUACCUGCCGACACGGCGGACCCUGGCGAAUAUUCCUGUCAGGUGGACUGCCUAGCCCCCGAUUUCUGUUGUCUUGACGACCAGUCGCCGCUAAGGUCACGUGCACACUUACAGGUGCAUACACAGAAGAAGGUCGAGGUCAUGACUAUGCAAAGUGUCUCCUUUCACACUUUUUCACAACUUCAGCAGCAAGCCCCCGACUUUACCAGGAAUGUCCGCAAUUUUCAGGAGUUGGGAUGCAAUCAGAAUGCUGUGGCCGCGACAGCUCAUCUGGCUAAUCUUCUGUCAAAAAGUGAUAUUUGCCUGAAUAAAGUCGAGAACUUAGAAAAGGAGUUGAAAAGAAUCUUGUAGAAUGUGAGGAACGUGAGUGAAGACACUCGUGUUGAACUGAACGAAAGCUUGGCUGAAAUACGCACAGCUAUUGUGGAGACAGAAAAUAGUUUUGAGACCAACAUAAGCCAGUCACUGAAGCUUGUCGAGACGCAAAUGCAGAAAAUGGAGACAGAGAGCAAGACUGGACUUGAUAAUCUGCAACAAACUGUAGGAAGCGAGAUAUCCAGAUUGGAGGGAAAGUUCGAUCAGCUGAUUUCUGACUUAAGAAAUUAUGUGGAUGUAAAUCAAGAAAACGUAAGUCA